GCAAAACCGUUGCAAAAAGAGACUGAGAAUAAAAAAUAACGACAUUUGAAAAAUCUCUUUAUUCAAGCUCAUUGUUCGGUGCGAGUAUAACAAGUGUGUAAAAGUGCAUGCGAUCGAUAACUGUGGAUUAAUAAUAAAAUUCAAAGGAUCAAACCAGAAAUUUUUACCAUGAGGUAGUCAGAGGAAGCCGUGAACGAAAGGAAAAGAAGCUUUUCCCAACCGAUUUCGAGUUCCCCUGAAUAUUUUUAGCCUUCUUGUUCAAGUUUUUGUUAUUUUUAUUCCAAUUGUUUUCGUUAUUGUUUUUGUUAUUCUUUUUAAAUCGUGAUAAUAAUUAAAACCGCAAAAUGAUGCUGCUCAGGAGUUUCUUCAGACGAAUAAUCACCGACUUCCGGCACAAGGAGCUGCUUCCGUUGAAGCUGCUGUUUUUCGUUCAGGCAGCGACAUUGUACGUACUUUAUCCUUACCUGACAAUCCACAUGCGAGAACUGGGCGUAAGCGUCGAAGAAACGGCAAUAAUGAGCGCAGUUACACCGGUCGUGGCAAUAGUAAUGCCACCUUUAGCUGGCAUGAUAGCUGACAGAAUCGGAAACUUCAAGAUAUUGCUGUCCCUGUUUUCAUCCCUUGGAGGAGCAGCAGCCCUUCUGCUUCUUCUUGUACCCGUAGGAAGGGUGACGGUCCGAUUUCCUGAGAGGGUUGUAAUGGACCUGGGCUGUCCGGGAUCGAACGGUGAUCUCGUAUACACAAUGAGCCAGGUACACCCCUGCGAGACAAAACUCGCCCCGGAAAUCGCUACGCGAAUAGAAAGUUGCGGGUACAUUUGCCACGUCGAUUUGCACAACGACACCGAGGUUCAGGCUGUCUUGGCAUCCAGAGGAUACACCGUCAGGCAUUACGAUCUUACAACGGGCUCAAAUCUUUCCUAUAAAUACACGAUCUCGAAAUCGGAAUUACCUCAGACGAUUAUUAAAACUACGUCAGAUGACGUGAGGGAGCACCGUUUACUUUCUAACAAUGAUUUCUACAAGACGUCAAUAAGGCAGCUCUCAAAAAGUACUUACUUCUUUCCCACGAGCAAACUCUACGAAUUCACUUGCACAGAAUCAAACGUCACGAUAAACCAGACUCGGUGUUCCUUUGGACGAUUCGGAAAUAAGGGAAACAAAAGCGGAGACGUGAAUUACCACAAUUACAAUUCGACGCUGAGGCUUUUGAACGCUACCGAUAUAGACACGCUGGAGGCGAAACGGAGAUACUUGGGAGAGACGAUAUCGUGGACCGGGAAACCCGGUUUCCAAAAACCAAAUUGCAUUAAUCCUGACCGGAAGGAUCAGCGAGUUAUCCUGACGGUGCCGUUGGUGAAUUACACCGCUGGCAAUGAGGUUUACAAGUCGUUGUUCAUCGACGGAUGCAGCAAAAGGUGCGUCGUUACAGCGCCGAGGAAGGAUGUCUGCUCUAACAUGAACACACAGAUCGAGUACGACGUCAGUUUGACGUUUUGGCUGUACCUAGCGAUCAGGGUUUUCAUCAGUAUGAUCGGUGGAACAGCAUUUGCGAUGUUCGAAGGAGCUGUUAUCGCCAUUUUGAGAGACCAAAAAGCGGAUUACGGACUCCAGAGGAUAUAUGGAACGAUAGGUGGAAUGAUAUCGUCUCUCCUCUCAGGGCUUUUGAUCGACUACGCGAGCAGCGGAAAAGAGUACACGGAUUUCAGACCGGCCUUCUACCUCUACGCGGGACUAAAAAUCCUUUCCGGUCUGCUCAUGCUGACAAUAAAUUUGGAAUUCAAAGCUCCCGCCAAUAACGUCGUCAGCGACGUGAUGAGCGUUCUCAAAAACAUCGAAAUCGUCGCGCUCUUCAUAGCCUGCUUUGUUCUGGGAACUGCGUGGGGUUACAUCGAGUCCUUUUUAUUCUGGCUCCUCCAGGACUUGGGGGGCUCGAGAUCGCUCAUGGGUAUAACCAUAACGGUCGGUGGCCUCGCGGGAAUUCCGCUGCUCGUCAUGUCCGGUCCGAUAAUUGAGAAGAUUGGGCACGCAAAUGUACUCUUCAUUGGUUUCAUUUUCUACGCAGUGCGACUCCUAGGAUACUCGCUGAUCUACAAUCCCUGGCUGUGCCUCAUAUUUGAAGCUCUUGAAUCAGUGACUUCAUCCCUGAGUUUUACAGCGGCCGUUACUUACGCGGCGAAACUUUCAACGACGACGACAGAUAGCUCAAUUCAAGGUCUUCUAGGGGGGCUUUACUACGGUGUUGGCAAAGGAUCGGGGAGUCUGAUCGGCGGCUACCUGAUGAAGGCUUUCGGUACGCGGCCAACGUACCAAAUAUUUUCAGGAAUGUCGCUGGUGACGGGUAUAGUGUAUUUCCUGUUCAACGCGCUUUACCUACGAAAGCGACCGCAGGUUGAGGGCAACGACAUAGUGAAAAAGAAGCCCAAGAAGGUGGAAAAGUCAGAGGGCGAGUCGCAGACAGGGGUUGAAAUCGAGCCAAAGGAAAAAUCGGGGGUGAUAUUCACCAAGGAUAAGUUAUCCUACGGUUCGGAAAACAAGGCGUUUUCGGUGGAGGACGACGUGGAUAUCGAGAAAAGAACCGCGCAAAAAACUAAACCGGAAAUGCAUGAGGCUAAGGAAAUGGAGGCGAUCAAAAACGCGAGGAAUCUCGAUAGGAUAGAGAAAAUCGACGAGGCUGAGAGAAACGGGGGAAAUGAGAUCAAGGACUCGAGGGACGAGACCGUAACCGAUGACGUCGAAAGCGGAGACGGAAGUGCCGUGAAGGUCGCCGGCUCACUAAACGGAAGUACCAAUCUCGCAUACGACAAGGAGGACGACGAUGAUACGGGAAAGUGCAAUGUCACGAUCGAAAAACAGCCCGAAGAUAGAAAAUAAAUGAAUUUACGAAGAUAAUUCAAGACAGGAUUGUUAAAGGUGAAUAUUUUGUUCAAAGAAAGUAGAAAAUUAAGUAUCGUCGAAUGUAGA